AUGUCUCGGCGCUCCCCCCGCCGUCCCUGCCGGUGUCCCGGCAGGCCGCGCAGCCGCGCGCCGAGAUGAGCCUGGCGGAGGGCCGCGCCCCGCGCCGCACGGCCGGGAACCGCCUGUCGGGGCUGCUGCAGGCCGAGGAGGAGGACGAGUUCUACCAGACCACCUACGGCGGCUUCAACGAGGAAUCCGGGGAUGACGAGUACCGGGGCGAGCACUCGGACACGGAGGACGAGGUGGACUCGGACUUCGACCUGGACGAGGGGGACGAGCCGGGCAGUGAGGAGCAGGACGAGGCCGAGCCCCGGCGGCGCCGCCGCGUCCUCACCAAGGCCUACCGGGAGCCCCUCAAGAGCCUCCGGCCCAAGAAGCCGGAGGGGCCCCGGGGAGGAUCCCAAAAGAGCCGGGAGGUGAAAUCCGUCCCUUUGGAGCUGCAGGAUGACGUGGGGGACAGCAGGAAGCACAUGCGCCAAUCCACCACGGAGCACACCCGGCAAACCUUCCUGAGGCUCCAGGAGCGCCAGGUCCAGUCCAAGAGGAAAAAGGGGGGGACGAGCUACGAGCGGCCCCUGACCCAGGAGGAGCUGCUGGAGGAGGCCAAAAUCACCGAGGAGAUCAACCUGCGAUCCCUGGAGAACUACGAGCGCCUGGAGGCCGACAAGAAGAAGCAGGUGCAGAAGAAGCGCCAGUGCGUGGGGCCCGUGAUCCGCUACUGCUCCCUCACCAUGCCCCUCCUGCCCGAGCCCCCCCUGCUCCCAGAGACCCCCCGGCAGCCCCUCGACGUCGAGGGGCUGGAUCAGGACCCCCCCCAGGCCGACCCCUCUCCCGUCGGGAAGUGCUCCCGCACCUUCAUCUCCUUCAGCGACGACGAGACCUUCGAGCGCUUCUUCCCGCGCUCCAAAGCUCCGCGGCUGCCGGUGCGGGAGCUGUGCCCCGUCACCCACCGGCCCGCCCUGUACCGGGACCCCGUCACCGACAUCCCCUACUCCAACAUCCGCGCCUUCCGCAUCAUCCGCGAGGCCUACAAGAAAUACAUCACGGCCCACGGGCUGCCCGGGGCCUCCCUGGGCGGCCCCCCGGCCCCAGAGCCCCCGGGCCCUGCCCCCCGGCCCGGCCGGCAGAAAAUCGUCAUCAAAGAGAGCGUCCCCACUGCUUGAGAGGGGAUGGGGUGAGGGAUGGGAGUGGGAUAACACCGGGAUAAAACCAGAAUUGUCAUCAAAGAGAGCGUCCCCACUGCCUGAGAGGG